GCGAGCGCCUGUCCUUCCCCGAGAGCAGGAAGCCGUGCGCUGCUCAUACCGGGAAGCUGUUUAUAUUUAACUCACCGCCCCAUUCCUGACAAUCCUGCCGCCCUGCUCCAACAAGACGCUCAGGAAGACAUCUGCUCUGGGCUUUAUACUGGCACAAAAAUGGAACCCAAGCCAUCAAGAUUGCCCCGGCGGAUAACUGUUCAGCCUUCCCCCUCUUCUCCCAUAAGUGCUCGAAUGCUGAGAACCAGCAGACUAGGCGGCCAUAGUGAAACAUAUCGUAUGAGAGACGGCUCACUGAGACGUGAUGCAGACUUUCAGGAUGCCAGCCAAUUGCGGACAUCAAGCAGAGACUGGACCUUUAGAGAGAGGGAUAGCCUUGAGCGUUCCUGGAAGACGCCUCCUACUUACCAGCGCUGCUCAGGAACUUAUGACCUCCCUAUAUCUGGUAGCUACUUGGCAAACAGGAGUAGAACUUCCACAGCAUCCUCUUCCGCCCAGCCUUCUUGGUAUGAUCCCUUGGAGAGGUCUCAGAGCACUUACACAGGAUUGCAUAGUCAGCAGCAAGACUGGGAUUCUAAGAGACCGAAGCUAUCUUAUCCUGGACGUACCCCUCUGUCUGGUGUAAGAGCUACCAGUGACAGCUACACUUCCAGUCCAGACACGCCGAGCAGGUAUGGGCGCUUUCCUAGGACUACUUCGAUGUUUCAUUCUGAUAUAACAAGUGAGCGAGAAAGGAGGUCAGACACCUCUUCACGUGGACUUACGGAUUAUGGACAUAGAAAUGGUGACUCAGCACCUUCGUAUCUUCAGGAUAGAGUUUCUUCAUAUGCACAAGGCGCAAGACCAAAAGAGAACUCUCAAAGCACAGUUCGGCUUAACACAUCUAUCAACCACCAGUUGCCUUCUCAGAGUUCCUCAUUGCUCAGAGAUUCCAGCAGAAGUUUAAGAUCAACUCUGUCUAGAGACAUACGCUCCCCACAAAGUUCACUGGACUUUCGCCAUACAUCUAGUAGAAAUGAAGGAACAGCAAGAACUGCAUCAGGGAGAGUAUCCCCUGCCCCACCAAGGUCUGCAAGCGAGCAGAAUACGGAUACCGAAGGCAGACGUACAACAAGGCACUUGCUUUCUCGCCUUGCUUCUAGUAUGUCUUCAACCUUCUUCUCUAGGCGAUCAAGUCAAGAUUCCCUAAGCGGAAGGUCAACCGAAGCAGAAGAAGCGCACUCAAGUUUACAGACCACUUCUCAGCCAGUCGCCAUAACACCUGCCAAUACACACACACCAGAAACUAGGCCUUCAGAGCAAUCUCAGGGAUUUGCAUUUCUUAGGCGGCGGCGAUGGGGCUUGUCAUCAGUGUCUCCAAACCAGAGUUCCGAUUCCGAUGCUGAAAGCUACAGGUCUGAAGAUUCUGAGACCAGGACUUCUGGUUCAUGGCUGCCUUCAUCUUUAAGGAAUAGGUGCACACCCCUGUUUUCCCGGAGAAGACGGGAAGGAAGAGAAGAACCAUUCAGAGCAUCAUCUACCUCGGAUUCUAGCAGGAUGCAAAGUCUUCUCAGGAGGGCAUCUCAAGAAGAUUCUUCAUUAGAUGAAGUUCACCCUGUCCCAGGAGCAUCUGCUGGCAGCUCUUCACCCCUGUCUUCGGACUCUCUGAGUGGCUCUGCCCAGGCUGCGUCUCUAGCAGAAUCCCUUUUCAGUAGGAGAAAUUCAGGAAUAUCAGGCAUGCUUCCUAACUCCUUUUUACAUUUCUCUGUGCCAGCCGCACUUGGGAGCUCCUUAUCAGACAAUGUCAUGAUAACCGUAGACAUUGUUCCCUCAGGUAGGACAAGUGAUGGACAAGAGACUGAAAAGUCUGCAAACUCAAGGGAUCCAGAGAAGCUUAAGAAAAUUCAAGAGAGCCUUCUUCUGGAGGACUCUGAAGAGGAGGAUGGUGACUUGUGUAGAAUCUGCCAGACUGGGGUAACCACUCCAACCAAUCCAUUUAUCGAGCCGUGUAAAUGUUCUGGAAGUCUGCAGUAUGUUCACCAGGACUGUAUGAAGAAAUGGCUUCACGCUAAAAUCGAUUCUGGUUCUAGUCUAGAAACAAUAACUACAUGCGAGUUGUGUAAAGAGAAGUUGGAUCUCAAUUUGGAAGAUUUUGACAUACACGAACUUUACCGGGCCCAUGCCAAUGAGAGGGCUGAAUAUGAAUUUAUAAGCUCCGGUCUCUAUCUGGUUGUUUUACUGCAUCUAUGUGAACAGCGCUUUUCUGACAUGUUGGGAGCUGCAAAUGAAGCAAACACUCGGGUUAGAUUCAUUAACCUUGCCAGGACCCUUCAAGCACACAUGGAAGAUCUUGAAACAUCUGAAGAUGAUUCAGAGGAUGAAAGGGUGUGAAGUUCGGCACGCCAAUCUAGGCCUUCUAAAUUAAAGUCUAUCUACUUACAUAUGUACUUCAUUGCUUAUAUUUGUUCAGACUAUGCCUAAGCUUGGCAUUCCUGUCGCUCACUGUUUUGUUAUCUGUUGCACUUGAGCAAUGUUCUAGUCUCUAACAACAACAAAAAUCUCUCCCAAGAUCCAGCUUGGUCUCUUUAAUUCAUGUUUUCUGCCUUUAUUUUCUGGAAGCUGUGACUGUUUGCUGCAAUAUAUGUCUUGUUUCCUUUUUUUAUGUGUGAUGUAACCUGAACUUCUGCUCUAACCAUGUUUUAAUUCAGCCAUGUCACCUGCACAUAGUGAAGGAGGCACGCAACAAUUUGAGUUUACCUAAUCCGUUUUCUUGACUUGAAUGGCCUCAUGAGGCGCCAUGAUACUGAAGGCCUCAGUCAUAAUGGGCCAAGCCAAUUUUCAGCCUACCAAACUGCCUCUGCUCUGUAAGUAAAGGGUACUCCACGAAGAGUAGCAACUUUAUUGUGUGAAUCAGGGGGAGGGGAUAAACUAUUAUAAAAUAUAUCAAUGUGGUUGUUUAUGGGAUGAAGCCCCCCACGCCUUAUCUCGCAGGCUCUUGUUUUAUAGACUGUCUUUGCCUCCAGUGUUGACUGUUUAAUAUGAGGUUUUGUACUUUUUUUUUUUUUUUUCUUCAGAUCUGCCUUUUACUGAUUUAGUAUGAGGUCAUUAGUUUGAAGCUGUGACUCUGACUUUUUUUUUCAGAUUCAGUAUAUAGCACAUUUUACAAUACAAAAAUAACUGAAAAAAGAAAAGAUAAUUUUAAACACUUGUAAUUGCUAAAAUUGUAGACCCCUGUAUAUUCACUUUAAAUGCACAUUGAUGUUUUAGUGGUAUGGUAAACAAUAAAGACAAUGUAUGGA